AUGCUGUCUAAAACUCUUGUACCAUCAUUGACAUUGGCUAAAAGAGUUUUACCUCUAUGUGGCCAAAGGCAAAAAAUUGGUAAUUUACUAGUGGCUCAAUAUAGCUCACACAGUAAACACCUUGAAGGAUAUAAAUAUCCAACUAUGGAUGAUGUCCCUAUUCCUUGUGGAAGUUGGCAAGAAGAUUAUGACAACAAUCAAAGAAAAUAUAAUCUUCAUUUAUUACUUGGAGCUGGAUUUUUUAUUAUAACAAUGGUUUCGUGGUUACUCCAUUGUAAAAAAAUGUAG